AUUGCCGCCAUUUCAAACCAUAACAGAAUCUACCAAACUUGUUCAGCAUCUGAAGGCUGCUGUCAGGGUGGGAACUUGAGAGAUGGACCAAAACAUGAACAUGAUCGUUACCAGAAGAAUGGCCUCUGUAGCCAACCAUCUCAUGCCUGGUCACCAAAUUAGUCCUAGCCACCCUGCCUUGUUUGGUGCUAUAGCUCCGUCUAAUUGCAGUUCUCCACUGGAUGACAGCUACCGCAGGACUCACGGUGAAGUCCCUAGCCAUCCACCAGUUUGGAAAACUGUGUCCUUGGAUGAAUCUGUCAAGGAGUUUGCGGAUAUUAUAUACGAAAAAGCUGUUGGAGAGGGUAUUGCUAAGAUAACAAUCAACCGACCAGAGAGAAGAAAUGCUUUCAGACCUCAGACGGUCAAGGAACUCAUGCGGGCAUUUAAUGAUGCUAGGGAUGAUAUUUCUGUAGGAGUGAUCAUCUUCACUGGGAAGGGCACUGAGGCAUUUUGCAGUGGUGGUGAUCAAUCCUUUAGAGGAAAAAAUGGCUAUGCAGAUUAUGACAAUUUUGGUCGGCUCAAUGUUUUGGAUUUACAGGUCCAGAUUAGACGUCUGCCAAAACCAGUGAUUGCAAUGGUUGCUGGUUAUGCUGUUGGGGGAGGACACGUGCUGCAUAUGGUCUGUGAUCUAACAAUUGCAGCCAAUAAUGCUGUUUUUGGUCAGACGGGUCCAAAGGUUGGAAGCUUUGACGCUGGUUAUGGAGCCUCCAUAAUGUCUCGCUUGAUUGGCCCAAAACGAGCGCGUGAAAUGUGGUAUCUGUCAAAGUUCUACACAGCUUCAGAAGCAGAGAAAAUGGGGCUUGUAAACAUGGUCGUCCCACUGGAGAAGUUGGAACAAGAAACAGUCAAAUGGUGCAGAGAGAUGCUAAGAAACAGUCCAACUGCUAUUCGGUUAUGCAAAUCAGCCAUCAAUGCAGCUGAUGAUGGCCAUGCUGGACUUCAGGCACUUGCAGGAGAUGCAACACUCAUGUUUUAUGGAACUGAGGAAGGCAAUGAGGGGAGGUCGUCAUAUUUGCAGCACAAAAAACCGGAUUUCUCGAAAUUUCCUAGGCUUCCUUGAUGUUGUGCACCUCUAGCACAGUUCUUUUUUACUGUGAUUUACGGCAUUUUGAUUUGUCUGCCUUGUUACAAGGUUCACAUUUUCGUAUUUCAAACUGUUCAACGUGCAUGUUAUCACUCCGUCUGCUGGCUGCAGAAAUUUAGUGGCUUUCCAUGUUCUCAUGGACAGAAUAAAAAUCAUUUUGUAGUUGAGAGUAAAAUAAAGCUGAUGUUCCUACUCGUAUUGAAAUGUGAAGGAAUGGACAGUCCAUGUGAUA